AUGCCUUCCGUAUCAGCAUCAAGAAACCACUCUAUUCGGUCAGCUCGCGAGCAAGCUUACAUCUUACUUUCCGCCGCCCCGAUCGAUAGUCAUGUUGCAGCGGUUGUCGACUCUCCUAACGCCUGCGUUACCCUGGCGUUGCCUAUUGGAAUCUUUGAACGUGACAUCUUGCCCAAACCCGAUGGCCUGGAAAAGCUAGAUCUCGGCCAAUGUGCAAUCAGGAGUGACGGUGUAGUUUGA